AUGGCUCUCAAGACUCUGGGUGCCAAAGCCGCCGCAGCUCUGGACCAAGAGCUCAUGAGCACCGGUGCAUUCUCCAUCGAUCAACUGAUGGAGCUAGCAGGGCUCUCAGUCUCCCAGGCAGUCUAUCGCGUGCAGCCACCUCAAAAGGGACGCCGGGUCCUCGUGGCCUGUGGUCCUGGAAAUAACGGCGGCGACGGUCUCGUGGCUGCUCGCCAUCUCUUCUUCUACGGCUAUAAGCCCAGCAUCUUCUACCCGAAGAGGAGCAGCAACGAAUUGUACAAGAGGCUCUCCAAGCAGCUCGAAGACCUCGAAGUUCCGUUUAUCGAUGAUUUCGCCUCUGCCUUGGCCGCGACAGACCAUGUAGUGGACGCCAUUUUCGGCUUCAGCUUCUCCGGAGAAGUGCGAGAACCGUUCCCAGCCGUCAUCGAGGCCCUGGAGACGACGGGUGUGCCCGUGACAUCCGUCGAUGCCCCGUCAUCGUGGAAUAUCGAGACCGGUCCUCCGAAAUCGGGACUCGGUAGCGGCUUCAUGCCUGCAACUCUGGUCAGCCUGACGGCUCCGAAGCCGUUGGUCAAGCACUUCAAGGGGCGCCAUUUUGUGGGCGGACGAUUCGUGGCCCCCUCCAUCGCAAGAAAGUAUGGCCUUGAAAUUCCGGAGUACGAAGGUGUCGAUCAGGUUGUCGAGGUGUCGCCGGAGGGCCGGAAGCUCUGA